GGCCUAGAGCAGCAGCCUGUGUACAGCUGGGCAUCCUGACUUCGCUCUCACUUCCUUGCAAUGGUUCGCCGUCAGUGAGUCGUACAGCGAACUCCCAUGAUGCCUCAGGUUGCGCAUGUGCAGAAAGGUGGCAGCUCAGGAAGAGGAAAAUAGAAAAAGAGCAGAGGGAGAGAGAGGAAAAUAAGAAAGGGAAAGCGCUCGGGAGAGAGGUGGUGGGCUCGGCGCUUGUAUAGAUACAGGAGCGGCCGGUUAAUGAGGGAGAGGGAGUAGCGGUGGGGCUGCUUGUUGUUACUUUAUUACUAGGCCCAAGCGCUCCGCAUAGGCCCAAGCUCGGGGGUUUCCUCUCCCUGACACCCAGGAACCCACUGUGAGUCCUAUCAGCUCCCUCUCACCCCUCCAUGGUGGCGCCGGGUAGCGGGGGUGGAGCAGUAGGGCGGCCAUGAACAGCGGACUCACCCAGUCCCCAUCCCCGGCAGUGGCGGCAGCAGCAGGUCCCGCGGGGAUUCCCGGGGCCAAACUCAAGUUCUGCCGCUACUUCGCCAAGGACAGGACGUGCUUCUACGGGGACGAGUGUCAGUUCCUACACGAUGAACAACUCGGGGGGAUCCACGGUAACGGCAACUCCCCGCUAAGCCUUCCCGCCGGGGGCCCAGUCGCUGUCUACCCGCAGCCCGUCACCCCUGUGGGGAAUAAGAAGAUGGAUCUGGCGGGACUGGAAGCUCAGCGCUUGGCCAUUCCUGGUUUAGAUGGCGGUGCUAUUCCAGACACCAGUCUAACAGAUUCCUACUUCAGCACCAGCUUUAUUGGUCUUAAUGGAUUCGGAAGUCCUGGUGAAGCUAACUACCCAAGAAUGCAGCAGAGAAUGACUAACAGCAGCAGCUCCCCCAGCCUCCUCAAUGACGGUGCUAAGCCAUAUGCAACACAUGACCCUUUAGGUUCGCCAGCCUCGGCAAUGUUUAACGAUUUUGGUGGUCUCACUAUGUCUCACCGGCGAAAGACUCCUAAUCCAACUGCAAGUGAGUUCAUUCCAAAGGGUGGUUCAACUUCAAGGUUAAGUAACAUGUCCCAGUCCAGCAUGUCUGCCUUUUCCCAAGCGCUGUUCUCACAUCCAUCCAUGGGAGGUCCUACUGGAGCUGGCCUUGCUCCAGGCAUGUCACUGUCCGCUGGAUCUUCUCCACUACAUUCCCCUAAAAUCACACCCCACACCUCUCCUUCUCCUCGAAGGAGGAGCCAUACGCCGAACCCUGCAAACUACAUGGUGCCUACCAGUGCCUCGACCCCUGUCACAAAUUCUGUCUCCCAGCCACCAGCAGCAGGAGAGAUCAUUCAGAAAGCAACUGUGGGUGGGACAACCUAUUUCUACACAGAUACUACUCCAGCUCCACUCACAGGAAUGGUUUUUCCAAACUAUCAUAUUUACCCUCCAACUGCACCACAUAUUGCUUACAUGCAACCAAAAGCAAAUGCACCUUCCUUCUUUAUGGCAGAUGAGCUGAGGCAGGAAUUAAUAAAUAGGCAUUUAAUAACAAUGGCUCAAAUCGAUCAAGCUGAUAUGCCAGGAGUACCUGCAGAAGUUGACAGCUACCAUAGCCUCUUUCCACUGGAACCACUGCCUUCUCCCAAUCGGAUUAAAACAAGCAACUUUGGAUAUAUCACGUCAUGCUACAAGGCUGUAAACAGCAAAGAUGAUUUGCCGUACUGUCUGCGCAGGAUUCAUGGGUUUCGCCUUGUAAACACCAAGUGCAUGUCUUUGGUUGAUACCUGGAAAAAAAUUCAGCACUCGAAUAUUGUCACCUUGCGAGAAAUGUUUACCACCAAAGCUUUUGGAGAACAUUCCCUUGUGUUUGCAUAUGAUUUUCAUUCUGGAAGUGAAACGAUGAUGAGCAGGCAUUUUAACGACCCAAGUGCAGAUGCAUAUUUCACAAAACGAAAAUGGGGGCAGCACGAUGGUCCAUUACCUCGACAACAUGCCGGUCUGCUUCCUGAAUCCCUCAUUUGGGCUUAUAUUGUCCAGCUGAGUUCCGCCUUGAGAACAAUCCAUACAGCUGGCUUGGCGUGCCGCGUUAUGGAUCCAACAAAAAUUCUUAUUACCGGCAAAACAAGGCUGCGUGUCAACUGUGUUGGAAUAUUUGACGUCUUGAAUUAUGAUGGAAGUCAGAAUAAUCCUGUGGCUUUAAUGCCUCAAUACCAGCAAGCGGACCUGAUCUCAUUAGGGAAGGUCGUAUUGGCUUUGGCUUGCAACUCUCUGGCAGGAAUCCAGCGAGAGAAUCUGCAGAAAGCGAUGGAACUUGUCACCAUCAACUACUCCUCUGACUUAAAGAAUCUUAUUCUGUACUUGCUGACCGAACAGAACAGGAUGCGCAGCGUCAAUGACAUCAUGCCAAUGAUCGGUGCUAGAUUUUAUACACAGUUGGAUGCUGCUCAGAUGCGCAAUGAUGUCAUAGAAGAGGACCUUGCAAAGGAAGUACAGAAUGGAAGGUUGUUCAGACUUCUGGCAAAACUGGGAACAAUUAAUGAAAGACCAGAGUUUCAGAAAGACCCAUCCUGGUCAGAAACAGGGGACAGAUACUUACUCAAGCUCUUUAGGGAUCAUCUUUUCCAUCAGAUGACAGAAGCCGGAACUCCAUGGAUCGACCUCAGUCAUAUUGUGUCUUGUCUUAACAAGUUAGAUGCUGGCGUACCAGAAAAAAUCAGCCUCAUUUCCAGGGACGAGAAGAGUGCCCUUGUGGUGACUUACAGUGAUCUCAAACGCUGCUUUGAAAAUACGUUUCAGGAACUGGUUGCGGCCGCGAACGGGCAGUUGUAGUAUUUGCUGAGGAGCAUGCGGAGCAUUGCCGAGGAACUCAACCAAUAGCAAAUUGCACUACAGCUGGUUUGUCGCUGUCGUCAUCUCAUUUUCACCACUGGGAAUCAAAACCGGAGAUGAGCAGAGCUGCUUGCACUUCAGUCAGGUACACUGUUACUUGAAAGGAAGAAUGUUUCGUUUAUCCUAGAGCUAUGGCUGCCAACGGAGGCUUUAUCUGUGAAGAAUUUUAUUUUAUAUAACGGAGCGUCAUCGGGUGAAUGAUGCUCCUGCUUUUAUUUUUCCACUUGCAUAUGCACUAAUUUUAAUUUUAAGACUUUCUGACCUUUUGAAGGUGCUUUCUUCUUUUCUUUUUUUUUUUUUUUUCUUUUUUUAAACUCCUCCUUCCUCCGCCAUGUAUAAACAUUUAACCAAGGACACUGUUUUGCCAUGAAGGAAGACGACAAUAUUUCUAUCUCGUGCCCCCAGUGGUGUAUAAGGACCAGGCAGAGGAGCGACUUCACAUAAACUGCUGUUUUAUAGACUUUUUUUUUUUUCAGUGUAGAAAUGAUGUAUGUAUAAGGUCUUUCCCAGCCCCCACUGGCCUUCAAUUGCUACCAAAUGGAUUGUGAGGAUAUAGGAAUAACUUAAAGGCGCACACACACGUGAACUAUUCUGGUGCCAGGCUGUUGCUCGUACUCAUUACCCGACUUCGGCUCUUUAAGGAUAUGCAUUUAAACUUCGGUUUCUGUAUAAAGACAAACACAGCCAGCGCCCUAUUGCAGUCUCUGUACGUAGGAUCUCCUGUUUGCCUGGCACAUGACAUUUUUGUUUCCUCUUUUCCUUAAAAGACACGUGUUCCAUUCUCUCCGAACCACAGCUUUAUAAUGAACCAUACACUGGAUACUGAGACACUGAUACUUAUACUCCAGGACACAUCGAUUCCCUGCACUGAGAGCGUGUGCAAUUCCUAAAAGCGAUUGGCUUUGCCUCGUACAGUACAAUAACCCACCGUUCCUACCGUGUUUGUAGCCCUCUCAACUAUCCGUUUUGUUUAAAAAAACAAUAUAUUUUUGUCUCCUUGCUAAAAAGUAUAGACCUUGUAGCUGUGAAUCGACACAAAGUAUUCACCAAAUUUCUUGCAGAAUAACCGAAUAUUUUUUAUUGCUUCUUAGAGGCUUCAUUUCUAAAGCGUUUUUGUUCUUUCGGGUGGGGUUGGGCUCUUUUGAGUAUUCGUAGCGUAAAAUAUUGAUGCUCAGCGUCAGGAACGACCGACAGAGUAUUGCGGCUGAAAUAAACGACACUUUGUUCAGAUUAGGAAAAAAAAAGCUUUACUAGAACUCUCACCUGUGCAUACGGGAGAACCAUGAACAUGCUUCACGCCAUUGUAGGAGAACGCACAUUCGUUUUGUAAUCGCCAUUAAAUGAGACGCGAGAGUGCAGCCUUACGAGGAUAGCGUACCGUUUGCCACAUCAUCAUUAUAUAAAUAUAUCUUUUUUUUUUUUUUUUUAUGUACAAGAAAUCCCGCCUUUGGGGAGAUAAACGAGCAGGAACAGUCUUUUAUCAUUAGCCUAAGCAAGAUCACGAGAAGCAGCUGGGUUUUUUUUAUAUGUUUUUGGAAGAAAAAAAAGAAAACCUUAUGGGUGUUUUUUUUUUGUAUAAAAGAAGUUCUUGUAUUCUAGAAAAGAGAUGCUUAAUUUAUAAGCGGACUGCAUUUACACUUUUCUGGGUUUUGUUCCUUGUCGGGUCUACUCUGCUGCAAGGACCUGAGGCGGGCUCAUAGCUUACAGGCCUUUCCAGCACCGCGUAUUAUAAAGGGGAUCAUACAUGUCCAUUUUGGUGUUUGUAUGUACUUAUACAUAUAUACCGAUUGGGUUUAUCUUUCCCUUUUAUUUAUAUUUUUCUUUUUGG